AUGAGGUCCGAGAUGAAGUAUCUCGGACUGACGCGGAGCUUCGUGGUACAUUUCGACCGCUAUGCCUCCUCCCUCCCCCGGGUGGAAAGGGCGGCGGCCGCUCUUGGCUGCUUUCUGCCCAAUCUCGGUGGACCCGCGGAGGUAGUGCGACGUCUUUAUUUAGGUGUGGUGCGGCCAAUGGUCUUGUAUGGUGCCCGCAUAUGGGCACCGGCCGUGAUGACCAGCAAAUGCUCCCUGUCGGAGGCGGAGGCGGUCCAAGAACGGGAAGCGACGGCGGAAUGCCAUCACUGCGGUGGGGAGGAGGACUUGGCGCAGCACAUGAGAUGUGCUGGAGCAAUUGUGUACACUGGAGGUGUGCCCCGCUUUUGCAGCGCUGCGUCGAGCCCUAGGGCUCGAAGUGGGCCAAGAUCUAUCGCUCCUGGCGUAGUUGGAGUAAUGCUGAAGAGCGAGAAGAAAUGGAAGACGGAGGCCUGCUUCAGUGAACAGGUAAUACCGCGGAAGGAGGCCGCCGAGCGGGAACAGGAACGUUCCGAAAUCGUCCGACCUCUAAACUGCUCGAGAAAGCACAAGGCUGCUAGAUUGCUCGAGAUGACUCGAGACAGCUUCAAAUUGUCCUGGGCACUGGCCACUGGGCUGGGCUCUGCGCAAUUGGCUCAUGGCUAG